UACCCUACGAUCUCUGCAUAUUGACGCUACAGCAACGAAAAUUUCCUCUCCUUCCCUCUACUCUAUCACCUGCUCUUGGGCUAUCACCCCACCUUCCCUAAGCUCAGCUCGAUCCGCCGUCCAGCAUGGCCGCAACAGCAGGCCCCAUUCUCCCCGUCAUCAAGCUCGACAUCAACUACACCGAUGAGCGCGAGAAGAUCACCGACUUCCUCACAGGCUUCAAGGGUGCUGUACCUUCUAAGCGACAGUCCCAGUCUGCUAUGCUAGAUUUCGGAGACGAGGAGGAUGAAGAGGACGACGGAGAGGGGGAUCUGGAGGAGGAGAUGGAUGAGAUGGAUAUUGGCACUUCGACGAGGAGUGGUGCUAAUGGUGCUAAUGGAGCUGGAGGUGGAAAGGGGAAGAACGCUCUGAAGUACAUGGGACAGCUGCAACGCAUUGCCAACCGCGAACAGGACAGUCUGGUCAUCGAUCUCAACGAUGUAGUCAGCCACAAGAACUCUACCUCGAAGGAAGGUGGCAGGCAACUUGCCCACUCGAUCAUUGACAACACCCGCCACUACACAGAGCUCUUCUCGGAGAUUGUCGACAAAAUCAUGCCCGAGGCUACAAAGGACAUCUCACACAAGGACGACGUCUUGGACGUCAUCAUGCACCAGCGAAGGGAGAGGAAUGCUAGGGCUCAGAAUAUCUCAACCCUCGACAUGACCGGCCCAGAGAUAGAUGAAUCACAAGCGGCAUUGCGUGAGGCGGAGAGCGCUCCUUUCCCUCCAGCUCUUCUACGAAGAUACCAGCUUUACUUUGCGCCCCUCAAGAACGCCCCACACAUGGCAGUGCGCUCUGUCAAGGGUGCUCAUCUAGGCAAGCUCAUCACCAUUCGAGGAAUCGUCACCAGAGUUUCGGAAGUCAAGCCCUACCUUCUUGUCGACGCCUACGCUUGUGACAACUGCGGUGCUGAAAUCUUCCAGGAAGUGGUGGGACGCUCUUACAUGCCUCUCGUCGAGUGCCCAAGUGCCAAAUGCACAACGAAUCGUGUCAAGGGAUCCCUCUUUCAACAGACGAGGGCUAGCAAGUUCGUACCCUUCCAGGAGGUAAAGGUGCAAGAGAUGGCCGACCAGGUCCCUAUCGGUCACAUUCCCAGGACUAUGACCAUCCAUUUGUACGGCCCUCUGACUCGCUCGCUGAGCCCAGGAGACGUAGCAGACGUCGGUGGUAUUUUCCUGCCGACCCCUUAUACCGGCUUCAAGGCUGUAAGGGCUGGUCUUCUGACCGACACCUAUCUCGACGCUCAGCACGUUCACCAGCUCAAGAAGCAAUAUGACGCCAUGGAGCUCACGCCAGAGAUUGAGGCCGAGAUCUCUGAGCUGAAGACCGACCCUGCUCUGUAUGCAAAGCUCGCCGCCUCGAUUGCGCCUGAAAUCUACGGUCACGAGGAUGUCAAGAAGUGCCUUUUGCUCUUGCUAGUAGGAGGUGUCAGCAAGACUGUUGGUGAUGGUAUGAAGAUUAGAGGUGACAUCAACGUCUGCUUGAUGGGAGACCCAGGAGUGGCCAAGUCUCAGCUGCUCAAGUACAUCUCCAAGGUUGCACCUCGAGGAGUCUACACCACUGGUCGUGGUUCCUCGGGUGUCGGUCUGACAGCCGCGGUCAUGAGGGACCCGGUGACGGACGAGAUGGUCCUUGAAGGAGGAGCCCUGGUCUUGGCAGACAACGGUAUUGCCUGCAUUGACGAGUUUGACAAGAUGGAAGAGUCAGACAGGACUGCAAUUCACGAAGUGAUGGAACAGCAGACGAUCAGUAUCUCCAAGGCUGGAAUCUCCACAACGCUCAAUGCCCGGACAUCAAUCCUGGCUGCAGCCAACCCUCUCUACGGUCGAUACAACCCUCGCGUAUCUCCAGUGGACAACAUCAAUCUGCCUGCUGCUCUGCUCUCUCGAUUCGACGUUCUCUUCCUCAUCUUGGACACACCGUCGAGGGAAGAUGACGAGCGAUUGGCUCAGCACGUUGCCUAUGUGCACAUGCACUCGGAGCACCCGCCCAUCGAGCACGAGCCUCUGGACCCGCUGGUGAUGCGACACUACAUUGCCCUCGCCCGCCAGAAGAGGCCAACCGUCCCCAAGGCGGUGAGCGAGUACGUGGUAGGAGCAUACGUGAAGCUGCGAGCACAAGGCAAGGAAGACGAGGAGCGUGACCACGCCUACUCGUACACCUCUGCCAGGACCUUGCUGGGUGUCUUGCGCCUGUCGCAAGCUCUAGCGCGCCUCAGAUUCGCAGACGUGGUGGAGCUGGCGGAUGUGGACGAGGCGCUGCGUCUGAUGGACGUCUCCAAGGCUUCCCUUCACGCCGACGGAGUGGCAAGGAGAGGCAAGGACGACGAGGUCAAUGAUCACAGCCCUGUCAGCAAGAUCUACAGGAUCAUCCGAGAUAUGGCCAUGGUCGCUUCUGCCACUGCUCGCGAGGAGCAGGAGAGCCUCAGGGCCAGGGCGGCGGAGAGGAGAAGGAGGCGAGGCUCCAGAAGAGGUGGUGACGCAAUGGAGGUUGACGAGGACCAAGACGAGGAGGACGAGGUGGACACACAAGCACUAUUGGACUCGCAAGGCGCGUCUCUGAGUGAUGGUCCAGGAGAGCUGUUGAUCAGAGAUGUCAGGGAUCGUAUUCUGGCCAGUGGGUGGGUCGAGGAUCAGCUACAGGAGUGUCUACGAGAGUACGAAGACCUGGGCGUGUUGCAGGUGACAGGGAACAGGUUGGUCUUCCUGUAGAGUAGGGCACGCGUUCUGGCCGAUAAUUUCCUUGUCUCCUCCUCUCCGUUCUUGCCUGUUUCUUCGGUCACGCUGGUUCGAUGCAUGUUAUUCUAGACCCCACAUCUUCCUAUUUCGCGGCCGUGUACCCCGCAUUUCGAUGUGUCCG